ACAUCAAUUUACUGGCAGAGUUGUUCCAGUAGCUGGUGGCGUUAGUGUGUUUUGCAAUUCGCACCAAAGAAUCGCCUAACCCUAUAUGAGAUUAACAUUGUAAAAGGACUUCAUUAAAAAUAUGGCAUCAGCCAGCAAAAUCAAAGAAGGAUUACUUCAUAUCAUUUGGGAUGCCACAUACACGCCAUCAGAUGACUUUCACGGAUUCCACAAAGUGGGUCAAAAUACUGGAAAGACUGGAAAUCCUACUCAAACCCAGGUAAACGUUUCAACUCUGACGGAUGUCGUUGAUUCUUUUAUACUCACUUGCAAAACGGAAGGACAGCAAAUAGUUCUUGAAAUUGAAAUUCUGUCCCGUAUUGGAAAAAAUCACACGAAACAAAUUGAUUUGGAAACUAUACUGAUUCAUGCGACUAAAGAUCGCGAACAACAAAAGAUGACUUUGAAUCAAUCAAAACUGACAGCGAUGUGGGACGCGUCCAUAAUUUUCGGAUGUAGACGUUGCAUCACGCCAAUUCGUUGCAAUUACUGCGGAAAAGAGAACCCACUUAUUUUUCAUAUUCUCAUUGAUUUAACCCCAAAUUCUGUGAUUUCUUCAAAAAAUGGAACACAGCAUGUCCUUGAUCACUUGUUAACUCUGUGGAAUACCAAAACUUUGUCUGAUGUCACUUUUAAUUGCCAAGGAAAAUCCAUCAAAGCUCACACCCUAAUCCUCGCUUCCGGGAGUCCCGUAUUGGCGGCAAUGUUUCAACUCAACUUAAGAGAAAACCAAGAAAAAGUGGUCGAAAUCAAUGACAUCAACCCCGAGGUUUUCGAAGAGCUUCUUUGUUACAUUUACACUGGAAAUUUCAACAGCGGAAGAAACGUGGAUGCUGCUGAAUUGUUUGUCGCGGCAGACAAAUAUUCGGUUGAGACAUUAAAAGAAGAAUGCGCUCUUGUUUUAUCCCGGAAGCUGAAGGUAGGAAACGCGGCACAGUACCUGGUGUUGUCCUAUGACCACUAUUCACCAAAACUUUACGAAGCUUCAAUAGAUUUCAUCACAAAAAACGCAAAAGCCGUUUGUUCACGUAAGGAUUGGAUGACAAUUAUUAAGAACUAUCCAGAAAUUUGCUUCCAAGUAACGCAACUUAUGCUUAGUGUAUAGCACUUUCCACAUUGACAAUGUUGACGAAUCAAUCGAACACGGCACCACACAGCACCCAAAGAUUAUUUUAACAUUUGGUAAAUUGAUUUAGCAUGUAUAGCAGCAAAGUCGGGUAUGGUAGGCUAUACUACUAUACUACUGUAACACCAAUUGCUAUUUUAAUGGUGUUUCAAAUACAAUAAAUAUUACUA